AAGAUAUUAACUCCAUCCAACAAGUAGAAAAUUGGUGGGGAUUAGCUUAUACAAUAAGUACAUAAGUUUCCCUUUAGUUUAUUUUUGUUAAUUUAAAAAUGACAGCCAUGGAAGGCUUCAAAGGUUUUGAACACGAUCACCACAACAACAAAGAGUAGAGUAUAUAUUUUUGUUUUUUUUUUUCGGUGUUUUUCUCCAUCGCACGAUCUUUCCCUUCUUUUCCGCCCAUUUUCCCACCUCUCAACCAAACCUAAUCUCCCAAAAAAGCUUUUGAUUUUCCAAAAAAGACAAAACAAAAACAUUUUUUUCCGUUUUUUUGGGUGGGAAAAAAAAGACAUCGUAACUAGCUCUGUCCGCGUCUCCGGUAAUCGGAAUUUCCUAUUUUUCCAAGUGGAGGAAGACGACGACGAAGAAGACGGAGGAGGAGGAGGAUCGCUCUGGGUCUCUUGCUUUUCCCGGUGAAAAUGCAUUUCGCUAAGCUCGAUGAUUCGCCCAUGUUUCGGCAACAGGCAUUCGAUACUGUUGUUGAAUCUGCAUCGAAGUAUAGUGAUAGAGUAAACCAUUUGGUUGUGGUGCAACAGAUGCAAUGUAUGGAAGAGAGUGCGGAGUUGCUGCGGAUGCGAUGCUUAAGGUUCUAUAAAGGAUGCAGAAAAUACACGGAGGGGCUCGGAGAAGGGUAUGAUGCAGAUAUUGGCUUUGUAAAUGCACUUGAAUCUUUCGGAGGAGGCCAUAAUGAUCCCAUCUGUGUUGCCUUUGGAGGUCCUGUAAUGACAAAAUUCACCAUUGCUCUACGAGAAAUCGGAACCUACAAGGAAGUUCUUCGUUCUCAGGUAGAACACAUGCUGAAUGACCGGUUGCAUCAAUUUGUGAAUGUUGAUGUUCAAGAAGUCAAGGAAGCACGUAAACGGUUCGACAAAGCUUCCAUUAUAUACGACCAGGCACGAGAGAAAUAUCUUUCGUUAAGGAAGAGUACACGAUUGGAUGUGGCUGCCACAAUUGAGGAGGACCUACAUAGUGCAAGAACAACGUUCGAGCAAGCCCGGUUUCAUCUGGUUAGUGCACUCUCUAAUGCGGAAGCUAAAAAGAGAUUUGAGUUUUUGGAAGCAGUGAGCGGGACAAUGGAUGCUCAUCUUCGUUUUUUCAAACAGGCAAGCUUUUUCGUGAAUACAGGAUAUGAGCUACUACAUCAAAUGGAGCCUUUUAUUAAUCAGGUGUUGGCUUAUGCACAUCAGUCUAGAGAAUGUGCAAACUAUGAGAUGGCAUCACUUAAUGAAAGGAUGCAAGAGUACCAGAGGCAAGUUGAUCGAGAAACUAGAAUUUCAAAUGGUUCUCCAACUGGAGAUGGCAUGAGACACAACUCACGAAACUCACAGAAAGUCAUAGAGGCUGUCAUGCAAUCUGCUGCAAAAGGAAAGGUUCAGACAAUAAGACAAGGCUAUCUGUCUAAACGUUCCUCAAACUUGAGAGGUGACUGGAAAAGAAGAUUCUUUAUCCUUGAUAGCCGUGGGAUGCUAUACUAUUACCGCAAGCCAUGGAAUUGGUCUUCAGGAAAUGGAAGUCGCUCUGCUGUUCAUAGGAAUAUGACUUCAGAAAACAGUCCUGGGCUGCUAAGUCGGUGGCUGUCUUCUCAUUAUCACGGUGGCGUGCACGAUGAAAAACCAGUUGCACGUCACACUGUGAAUCUGCUGACCUCGACGAUCAAAGUUGAUGCAGAUCAGACCGAUCUAAGAUUCUGCUUUAGAAUAAUUUCGCCGACAAAAGUUUAUACAUUGCAGGCAGAGAAUGCGCAGGAUCAGAUGGACUGGAUCGAGAAGAUAACUGGAGUUAUUGCUUCUUUGCUGAGUUUUCAGACACCUGAAAGAGCAAUCAUGCGGCUUUCUACAGUGGACGGAUGUGAUACUUUCUCUGCAAGUGAUUCCGGUUCUUUAGCAGAUCCAUAUGACAUCGAGCAGGCAGAGAGUGGAGAAUUCGCACAGGAAAAUCCCAUGACAGGAGGAAACCGCUCGAGGUUCUCAGGGUGCUUGCAGCAACAUGAUAUGGUAAAGACUGAAAAGCCCAUUGAUGUCUUGACGAGAGUAUUGGGUAAUGAGAAAUGUGCAGAUUGUGGUUCUCCUGAACCCGACUGGGCCUCUUUGAAUCUCGGUGUACUCAUAUGUAUUGAAUGUUCUGGUAUACACCGAAACCUUGGUGUUCACAUUUCAAAGGUCAGAUCGCUCACUCUUGAUGUGAAAGUAUGGGAACCAUCGGUCUUGACGUUGUUCCAAUCGUUAGGUAACGUAUAUGUAAACUCAGUGUGGGAGGAGUUGUUGAACUCAGAGAGUAGAUCUUCAAGUGCUGGUAUGUCUUCGGGCACUCCCAGGUCAGAUCGACCAAGAAAGUUUCUUGCAAGGAAGCCUGGUUUUAAUGAUCCCAUUUCUGUGAAAGAGUUGUUCAUCCACGCAAAGUACUCAGAGAGGAUUUUUGUCAGCAAAGCAACAGACAGUCGGAAUUUCCAGGCAGUUUUCCAAGAGAUAUGGGAGAAUGUCCGUGCCAACGACAAGAAAUCAGUUUACAGACACAUUGUCUGCUCUGAAACAGAUGUGAAUGCUCUACGUGGACAAGCGUCGUACACCGUGUCUUUGCCCUUAUCAAAGAUGAUGCAGAUGGAAGCGAAGGAAGAAACCCUUGAGGCCAAAUUCAAGAGCAUUGAAGAGGAGUUUCAAGAGAACCCACAGGGAUAUUCCAACUCUAGAGGGGAAGGGGAGAGUAUGGUCAGAGAAGAGACUUCAAACGACUGUUCUUUGCUUCACCUUGCUUGUCUUUCUGCGGAUAUCGGUAUGGUGGAACUUCUGCUUCAGUAUGGAGCAAAAAUAAAUGCAACAGAUUCGAGUGGUCGUACUCCACUUCAUCAUUGUAUCAUCAGCAGGAGAUAUGCAAUCGCAAGGUUGCUACUUAUGAGGGGAGGAGAUCCAAAUGCUGUAGACAAAGACGGUAACAUACCAGUCAAAUAUGUUUCAGAUACAGACCUCAACGACAGCGAACUGAUUGCUUUAUUAACAGAUUCCAAAAGAUGAUAACAUUUUGAUUUGCUUACUACACAGAAAGCAGAAUGGUAUAGCACUAGAAGAGUGUUGCUCUACUGAACUCUAUUCGCCCUUUUCCGCAUUUUAGUAUCGUUUAUAAUACUUUUUUUUAGCCUUUUAUAAUCGGCGAUUUGUUCAUGAAGAGCGUAGAGAAUACAUAUAGAUGAUCUUUGGUGCUGGUUAGGUUUAUAUACUGGUUUAUACUCUGGUGUACAUAUGGUCUUUUGAAGGGGUUGUAUGUCCUGUAAGAUGAAGCCUUCUGUUUUGGUUUCACUAUGAAAUCUGUUUUUGCUGUUUGUGUAAUGAAAAGACGGGCACCAGUUUGUUCUUCUCUUCAGCUUUGUGCUUUUUUCAGACAGAAUUUGUCGUUUUGCCCACUAGAGAACCUGCUUUAAAUCACUUGUAUUCAUCUUUUGAUAAUAAUAAAUUAUGUUCAUGGAAUUUGGAUCAGAUCCUGUGACCAUCAAUUCUUAACCCAAAAACUGUAAUUGCAACAUAUAAACUUGAUCGUAACAUUCAGUACAUCUUAAAAUCGAGGAAAUUUGCAGUUUUGAACAGCUCAGAUGUGUCUGCUACUACCAUUCAUCGUCAACUUCUGACUGAGUGUCAUCAUGACGUAAACCAAUGGGAUCCAACAUGACUGGUGAAGGAAAAAUCCGUUCUGAAGCAAAUGAAUUGGUGCAACAGAGUUUCUGAGCAGACACAAACUCUUCCAAAAACAGUAGCUGCAAAUUCUUAAUGGUAACUGAACAAAUAAACAAUGACAUAUCAUGCCCAACCAGCUUGCCCUAGGUUUAGCUAAGACCCAUAUCACUCAGUAGAUGGAGAGACAAGAGCCUCAAAGAGUGAGAGAACGAAACUUUUACUGUACAACAGAACAGGUUAGGGUCAAUGUUACCUUUAUCGAAUGCAACUCUUCAGCAAUUUUCAAGUCGGCCAAGAAGUUUUGCUGUAAACCAGAUGUCAAACCAGCCGUCUGCUUUUUAGCCACAAAGGAAUCUUGUGGAGUUCCGUCUUUAAUCUAUGGAGCAGCAUCUGCUUCCAUCCUUUGGUUUGAAGAAAUGCAACCCUCAUUAAUUAAAUCAAUAACAGUAGAAGACUCGGGAAUAUAUUCGAGUCGAAUCAUAUUCUCCCUAACUUUCUCAGCUGCCUCCAUCUCCCCCGCUUUAGCAAAACCAGAGAGUAGAGCCAGGCAAGUUGAAAUACUUAGCUUACACCCGUCCACAAUAGCGUUCUUGGCAAACAUUUGAUCCACGAACAUUAGUGCUCUUGUCGUCAUCCCUUCUUUCAGGAAAGCACUAAUGAUAACACUGUACAUUAUGUUGUCUGGUUCAAUUCCUGAGUCAAUAGCCUCGUCGAAUAUAGCAAACAUUUCAGAUCUUCUACCCAUUUUAUCAUACCCGCUUAGAAGAGAUGUGUAAGUUACGACACUAGGCAUCACGUUUGCCUUCUUCAUGUCCUCCAAAAGCUCUUUUCCAUCUUCCAAAUUUCCUUCCUUGCACAAGUAAUCUAUCAUAAUGUUGUACGUUACCUCAUUGGGCUUGCCAUGCCUAUCAAGCGACCCAUCAAUUAGCAAUUUCAUCAGUUUUGUCUUUAGCUCUGCUUUUCCAAACUUGAAACCCCAACUGAUCAAAGCAUUCAAGGGUGCGGUAGUAGAACCAUAACCCUUCUCUUUUGUCUCGAAGAUGGUGAUAGCUCUUUCUACAUCGUUCCAUCUGCAACACCCAUCCACAAGUGUUGUGUACACAAAACUGUCGGGAACUAAUCCCUUUACUUUCAUCUCGUCAAAUAACCGAAAAGCCUCCGCUAGAUCCCCAUGUUUGCAACAUCCAUCUAUGAUUGUACAGUAAGUCACUGCAUUAGGAGGAAAACCUUUUCCUGACAUUCCAUUAAAAAACUCCUUUGCUCUUUCAAUUUCACCAGACCUGCAGAAGCCACCAAGCAACAUGUUGUAUAUGAUGACAUUAGGAGUCACACCUUCUUGAACCAUCUCAUCAAAAAUACGAGAAGCCAUUUCCAUAUUCCCCAACUUAGAGAACCCAUCAAUGAGUGUACCAUAAGAGAACGCAUCAGGUGUAAUACCCUUUCCACGCAUUUCCUGGAAAAUCUCCUCCGCAUCAUCUACUUUACCGUUUUUAACAAGACCAUUCAUAAGAACAGUGUAUGUCUUAGCAUCCCCCUGAAUCCCUUGUUCAACCAUGGAUCUGAAUGCUGAACACGCCUCUAUUACUUUCCCCUUUUUGCAAUACUCAUUGAUCAGUCCCGUGCAAAAGACCUUAUUAGGAACAACACCACAUUCCAGCAUCUCUUUCACAUACUUAUCUGCAGAUGCAAAUUCCCCUGCCUCUAUAUACCCACUGAUAAAAGCCCCAUAGGUGAAAGCAUCAGGCUUUAAUCCGUUCUCUACCAUUUCAACCAAAUAAGACCUUGCUUCGUCCAUGCUCUUGGCCUUUGAAAGGCCAAUUAUAAGGGAAUUGUAGCAAAAAGUGUCUGGUGCGAUUCCCUGUUCCUUCAUUUCUUUCAACACCCUCACUGCAUCUCCAAACCUACUUUUCUGGAGAAAGGUUUUGAUCAAUGUUGUAUAUAUAACCACAUUGGGUCUGCAACCGCUCUCACCCAUCUCCUUCACAAUGUUAUAAGCUCCAUCGAGAUCCCCAGAAGAACACAUGCCUUUUACCGCUGUGCCAUAAGUAUACGGAGAUAUGACAACGUUCCUCUUUUUCAUUUCAACAAGUAACUCAUAACCCUUGAGUACAUUCUUUCCUCGAAAGUAUCCCUCGAUCAAACUAGCAUACGCCCGAGCACCUGGUAUCACUCCGGAUGCGAUCAUCCCAUCAAAGAGAGCCUGUGCCUUCUCCAUCGCCCCAUCCUUUGACAUCACACAGAUAAAAGAAUCAUACAUCUUAGGAUCAAUGUUAAUUCCGUGAGAAACCAUCUCACGGACGAGCCCGUUCGCAGCGUCUGCAUCUCUGCCCUUCAGUAAACCCUCAAUCAGUAUGCUAUAAGAAACACUAUCACGAAGCAAACCAAAGCCAUUCAUCUCUACAAGCAACGAUAUCGCGUCUUCUGGUCUCUUUCGCUUACACAGCCCACCUAUAAGUAUAUUGUAUGAUUGCUUCGACGGCACCAAUCCUUUGCAGAUCAUCGACUUCUUCAGCUCGAAUGCUUCAUCCAGAUCUCCCUUCUUACACAAAGCUUCAACUACGAAGCUAUACGCAGUCAUCGUCACCGUCCCGAACUUUUCUUCCGUUUCGAGAAGAACAUCUUUGGCCAGCUGAACAUUCCCAGCUCUGCAAUGUGCAGCAAUCAACUUUUCAUGUGUUUGAACAUCAAACACUACAUUUCUCUCAACCAUCCCAUUAUACACAUCCCAGAACAAAUCCAGCCGAUUCCUCUUCAAAAACGCAUCCAGCAAAUGGUUACAUCUUGCCGAAUUAGGAAUCAAUUCCAAAUUCAAACUGCUAGAAAUAGCGAAAACAGCUUCAUCUAAAAGCCCUUUCUCAAUAUAUCCAUCAAUCAAGAUCCCGAAUAGAGCUCCGUCGUCACUCCUUCCCGCGAACUCUCGCGAACAUCUCACAGCCGAGCUCCAAACCUCAGCUACAGGCCAUUUCCUCUCAAUCAUCCGGAUUAUAACACUAUGAGCUUGCCUAAAACUACCGAAACUACACAAAAUCAAAGCGAGAAACGAAAAGGAAUCCAGUUUCUGCUCCGUGACCUUUUGAGAAUCGACCCAGCUGAAGAAACUCAAAAGCCUAGCGGGAUCGUCGACGCGUUUGGAUCGUAAAACGGAGAGAACAACGUCUGGAUUUAUCUCCACCAAUAGAUUCGAAGAUGCCAAAGCGUCACGCCAGUUCCCCUUGUUGAGAAUCCCCGCUAUUUCAGCUGAUGCGUCGGAAAAGCUCCCGAUGUGAACGGAAAACGAUCGGAGAAGUAAACAAUUCCCUUUCAUAACCAAACAUUUCUUCCUGAACAGCGUUGAUCCCAUCAUACCGGAGAGCAAACAACCUCGUCGGAGAAGAUGAUCAAAAUCGAGAUACGAUCUCCGAUCAAAGAAUUUAUCAAAACCACCAUUUUUGAAAACAAAUUCAUUAAGGCCCAC